AUGAUAAGUUAUAAUUGUGACAGUAUUGGACUUCAAAAAUCAUGGUGGCUACACUGUGUUGUUCAGGCUUGUUUAACUUAUUAUUGGGGUAAAAAAUCAUUACAAGUUGAAGGAAUUAUUGUUAAUUUUCAUACGGCAAUUAUGUCAAUGCAAAUUCUCAAAUUUUGCAGUAUCAUGUGGCUAUUGUAUCAACGUUUUAGUCAUCUACAAAAACUCAUUUUACCAAAUGAAUCAGCUAAUGUUGGAAUGAAGAUUAUGAUUGAGACAUCGUAUUUUAUUGAUUUACAAAAAAUAAGAUGGCUACAUUGGACACUGUCAAUGGCUGCUAAUGAAAUUAAUAAUGUUUAUUCUAUUCAAUUAUGUUUUUGGGUAACAUCACUUACUCUCAAUGGAAUUAGACGAAUGAAUUCAUUUCUUGAUGGUAUUGAAGAACCUGAUGAUUCGGCAAUUCUUUUAAUUCGUGAUUCACUUAUUGUUAUUUCUAGUUUUGCUUAUCUAUUUUUAAUAGCGAUUUCAUGUCAUUUUACAUGUCUUAAGGCAAAUUGUGUGGGAGAAGACAUAUUUUCAGUUUACUCUCUUGUCCAGAGUAGAUUUCAAAUGCAAACGGAUGAUUUCAAAGUACCAAUAUAUUUUUGUGUAAAAAAAUUACAUUUCACAGCAGCUUCGGGACUUUUUGAAAUUCAUCUUCCACUUCUCAUGUCGAUCGUCAAGACAAUGACUGCCUACCUUGUAAUUUUACGUUCGUAA